AUGCCUUCACAGGACCCAUCGGACGUCAGCCUCGUAGAUGGCCAGAACGCGGACGGUUCAAAACGCUCGUCUGUGUUGGAUGAGCUUGCAGAUCGAUCUAUGCGAAACAUCGCAGCAGAGUUGUCGAUACUUCGCCAGGACAACGCCCUACUACGGCAGGAUAGCCAACGACUGAAGAAACUCGUGGAAGAGAUGAGCUUGGAGAUGGCUCUUCUGCGAAAAGAGAACACCGCUUUCAAAGGAGCCUCGCGGUACUUCAUAGAGGAGAAUAAAGGGAGGCGCCUCAUCCUGGUCUGCAAGUGGUGGUCAGGGCGAGCGACGGAGUUGUUCUACGAAGACAUCGCGCUCCGGCGGAUGGGCCAAAUUCUUGCGCUCGCAGACGUGCUCGCUGUCAACCAGGCGGCGCGCAAGAACCUCGCGCAGCUGAUCAAGAGCAUCCGGCUGGAUGCGUGCGUGAUCCUGGGGCCGUGCGCAGACGUCGCCCGCGAGGCUUUGCAGUCGAUCUUCACCCUGUGCACGGCGCUCCAAACGUUCGAAUACCACCCCGCGAAGAAUUUCUGUACAGCAAUUACGCCACCACCUGAAGACGACUCCGGCGUGUUCAAUCCAGCCUGGUUCGUCGACAGCACCUUCGGAUCAUUCCAAGUCGCCUUCCAGGAGCGAGUUGCGGGACUCGUGGUGCUCGACAUCGCGAUGCCCUUCACACAUAAGCAAGUCGCGCAUUUGCAUGAGCUUCUCUCCGUUGCUGUGCGCCUUGAGACUCUAAAACUGGGCCCUGUGCAAGACACGGAGGCUGAGGAGGAUUAUCUGGGCCCUUUGCGCGUCGUGCAACUCCCACAGCUGAAGGAGCUCUAUGUCCCCAAUGACGAGGCGCGCUUCGUUAGGUACCUCUCCAGGACCUGGGAGAUGCCCCUGUUGGAGCGACUCACGACGCGCCAUGCCUCCUCGAUCCCAUCCACGCUGCUUGCAGCACACGGCAGACGUCUCCUCUACCUGCACGUCUAUCCAUCCAAGAUCGAGUCGGCGGCCGCCGGUGUCGAUUUCAAACGUCUGACGGAGCUGUGCCCCCUCUUGGAACACCUCGUACUACCACGCCUAGUACAUCAUAACCACUGGAGGGCCCCACAUGCGCUGAGGGUGCCGCUGGGCGCCCUGCGGUUCUUGCCUACAGACCUCCUGCACGUGGACCUCCCCGCGAUAUGUGACCCCAGGACCCCAUUGGGCGACGAGGCCGGGCGCAAAGUAUACUUCCCUGGGAUGCGCGCCUCGUGGUCGAAACACCGCAUCCUCCACGAUCGCGGACUCUACGCGGGCGAUGACGAGCCGGGGGACUACUACGUGGAGAGCGAGGAGUCCGACUCCAACUCCGAGAACUCGGACGACGAGGAUUCGUCCAUUGGGCCGGACACAGACGAAUCCGAGAAUUUAUCGACCGAAGAGGACAUGAACGACAUCGAAGAGGAGGAAGGAGAUGAUGCGGACAACGUGAAGUCAGAGGAUGGGGAUGGAAGCGAGCCAGAGGGCAAUGGAGGGGGCGAGGCCCAAGAGGACGGCGGCGAGGGGGUGCGCGAGUCUGGUGAGCGCGAGGAGGACAUCUCGGAGAACGAGUCGGACUAUUGGCAGCCCGACGAGCAGCUCGAUCGCGACACCGUGUUGGAGAUGUUCAUGGCGAGCCGUGACGGCGAUUAG